AUUGGCUUCCAAAUGGAUCAAUUGUUGAUAAAAAGGAAGAACAGGAUAAGGAUCAAUAUUUGUCAGAACUUAGGCAAAAAUGUUGAGGUAACUUAUCUCGUUAGGCUUGAGAUCGGAGCCCAGAGAUGGCACAGGAUGAUGUUGAUUAUAACAAAAAUUUGAUGUAGGAUAUUAAACGAAGAUUUUGCAUAAAUUGAGGUUCAUCACAAGGGAUCACCACCCAAUGAUAAGCUGGAAAGCCGAGAGCUCUUGUUUGUAUUAUACUGAUAUUAGUAUUCCUGGGCAGCAGUGUUUGGUUUCUUUUGCAAGCUUCAAAGGCAAAGUAACCAUAGACGUAAAGGUUGAGAAGGGAGCAUUAACGCAAACUAUCCAUGUCUACUUAUCUUUCAAAUUGCAGAUAUGGCUCAAGGGGAUAUUUCAGAAACAAGCCUUAUGCUCUUUGUGUCAGGAUAAACUCCUCGCUUCAGUUGUGUGGUAAACUAAGUGGCUGGAAGAUUUUGUGUUGGACUAUAAGGAACAGAGGAUGGGAUUCGAUUUAUCACGACGGGAGCAAGAAUAACUAUACAGUAGCAGAAGGCUGCAAGAAUUAGGUGCAUGAAUGCCGACCAGCAUCAAUAUCAACAAGCCAAAAUAAGGCCUGCCCACAUGACCAAGAGCGCUUAAGGCAGAUAGAAGGAAGAAGGAGAUUGAUGAUUGGCUUCCAAUCACUUCCUCGAGAAAUGCAAAAUGGUGGUAUUCAGCUUUCCACAAUGUGACGGCCAUGGUUGGAGCUGGUGUCCUCAGUCUUCCAUAUGCAAUGGCAAAUCUUGGAUGGGGCCCUGGUACCGUAAUUCUUGUGCUCUCAUGGACCAUCACUUUGUACACCUUAUGGCAAAUGGUUGAGAUGCAUGAGAUGGUUCCUGGGAAACGAUUUGACCGAUACCAUGAGCUUGGCCAGCAUGCCUUUGGUGAAAAACUUGGUCUUUACAUAGUAGUGCCCCAGCAGCUUAUUUGUGAAGUAGGGGUUGACAUAGUCUACAUGGUUACUGGAGGAAAAUCACUUCAGAAGAUCCACAAGUUAGUGUGCAAAGACUGUGCACCGAUCAAAUUAACCUACUUUAUCAUGAUUUUCGCCUCGGUUCAUUUCGUGCUUUCUCAUCUUCCCAACUUUAACUCUAUCUCUGGUGUUUCACUGGCUGCCGCAGUCAUGUCUUUGAGUUACUCUACCAUUGCAUGGACAGCUUCUGUCCACAAAGGUGUGCAGCCAGAUGUCGAAUAUGGCUACAAAGCCUCGAAAACUUCUGGAACGGUCUUCAAUUUCUUUUCUGCCUUGGGCGAUGUAGCUUUUGCCUAUGCUGGGCACAACGUCGUGUUAGAGAUUCAAGCAACAAUUCCAUCUAAACCAGGCAAGCCAUCGAAAGGGCCAAUGUGGAAAGGAGUGGUGGUUGCCUAUAUAGUUGUAGCAUUGUGCUACUUCCCAGUUGCUCUGAUAGGGUAUUACAUGUUCGGUAAUAAAGUCGAAGAUAACAUACUCAUAUCGUUAGAAAAACCAACAUGGCUCAUCGUAGCAGCGAACAUGUUCGUUGUUAUCCAUGUUAUCGGAAGCUAUCAGAUAUAUGCAAUUCCAGUAUUUGACAUGCUAGAAACAUUGCUGGUAAAGAAGUUGCAUUUCAGGCCUUCCAGAAAGCUUCGAUUCAUCUCACGCAAUAUAUAUGUUGCGUUUACAAUGUUCGUUGGCAUCUGCUUCCCUUUCUUUGGUGGUCUUCUGGGAUUCUUCGGAGGAUUUGCUUUUGCCCCAACAACUUACUUUCUCCCUUGUAUCAUAUGGCUGGCCAUCUACAAACCAAAAAGGUUCAGCUUAUCAUGGAUCACCAACUGGAUCUGCAUUAUACUUGGCUUCUUAUUGAUGAUUUUGUCACCUAUUGGAGGGUUGCGGACAAUCAUACUUAAUGCCAAGGGCUACGAGUUUUUCUCUUGAUCAAUCCUCACACAACUCAGUGUAAAUUCUGAGAACUGUAUUAGACUGGCGCCCUAUAGCUGUAUUAAAAUUAAGAUGUCUUUGACAAUAAGUCAGACUCAGUUUGUGCAGAAGUCAUUGCUGAUCGGUAGGUAUUGUCUUUUCCAUUGUCCACCAAUGUUGUUUUCAAGCUUGGCCACAGUUUGUCUCUUAUUUGAACUGCAGUUGCCUCGCAUUUUGCGUGUCAGCGGAACAUGAUCUUAUUAUUUGUUUUUGGUGAAGUGUCUGGAUUUGAGUACUAAACUUGCCUCGGAUUCUUUGUUUCCUAUGAAA